UUCUGUAAAGCUGCUUUGAGACAAUGUCUAUUGUAAAAAGCGCUAUACAAAUAAAAUUGAAUUGAAUAAUGGCGCACUACACGGCCGGCUCUAACAGUGCUGGUGCCAUAUCUGUCCGGCUCUCGAAAGUAUUUUCGCCCCAUUCCUGUUUUGCCAUGGCGAGCACCAUCCACAUUUUCUUCAGGAAAUGUACCGAUCUAGUUAUUAUUAUAAUUAAUGGUGCUUGAAAAGCACUAUUAUUGUUAUUUGGCAAACUUAUUAUAAUUAUAAUUAUUCCUCUUCUUCCACUUUUUUUUUCGGUGCGAAACUAGUCCCACACCGUUUGUCGGAGAUCGACGGUUGAGGUGUCAAAUCGAUCGUCUUAUUGAGCAGAGGUGUGCUGUGUAUUACGGAAGUGAUUGGAAUGUCGGCAUUCCCGGUACGGAAGCGCAAAGUCGGAAAAUUUCCCAUAGACUUGCAUUGAGUUGCGAAAGAAUUGGCGCUCUACACCACCAGCUCUAAAAGAAUUGCCUCCAUACACGCCCGGCUCUCAAAAGUAUUGGCGCCCAAUCUGGCCGACUCUCAAAAGUACUGGCACCCCGCAUGGCUGGCUCUCCAUAGUAUUUCCGCCCUACACGGCCAGCUCUCAGAAGUAUUGGCACCCUGUGACUCCAGCUCUCAAAAGAAUUGGCGUCCAGCUCUCAAAAGAAUUGGCACCCUACGCCGUCAGCUGUCAAAAUUAUUGGCACCCCACUCUUCUGGCUGUCAAAAGUAUUGGCACGCUACGCUUUCGGCUAUCGAAAGUAUUGGCGCCUGAUCUGAAUUUUGCCAUGUCAAGCAGCACACAUUUUCUUCAGGAAAUGUACUGGUCUAGUUUAUUAUUAUUAUUAUUGUUGUGUGUGUGUGUGUAUCUGUCUUAUUAUUUCUGUGUCUGUGUUAUUAUUUCAGACAUCAGAUAUUUCUCAUCUAUAUUAAAUGUUUUCUACACAUUUGAUCAUUUUAGAAAAUGUUUGAAGGAUUUUUACACGCACCCCUGCUCUCAUCAGACAGAACCUCGAUUGGGAAACACUGGAAUAAAGGGUUAGGAAGUGAAAGUGAAAGUCAGUCUCCAUUUUGUGUGGAGGGGAAAAUACAGCAUUUCAGGAGUAAAAACACAGGUUUGAUUUAACACACCGAUGUUGGAGUGAAGUAAACGUGUGUCCUGCUGUAAUCUGGAGAAGGAGACAUGACCUCCAACAUGAGUGUGUCUGGAGAACAGGACUUAAAGAGAGACGAGAGAAUGAUGGAGGGAAAGAGAUCAGACUCACCAGAACCCAGCUGUGUGUCCAUGAAGAGUGACGAGUCAAUGGAGCAUCCACUUAACUUCAGAGACGGAGCCAGUUCUCCUGAUGUGAGACCACAACAGAAGAAAUCAAACCUCAGCAGAAAUCAGUUGGACUCCAUAUUCAAGGAGCUGGAACACAAAGUCAUCACUCUGAUAAAGAAUGAACUGAAGAAGUUUAGGAAGCUCCUGAGUCCAGAUUACCCAGCAUGCACUGAGAGGGAGGUGGAGGAUGAGGAGGAUCUGCACAGUGUCAGAGAGGGAGCGCUGAAGAUCACACUGCACGUCCUGAAGAACAUGAACCACACAGAUCUCACUAACACACUGCACAACAAGUCUGUGGCCUCUGUGUAUCAGACAAAGCUGAAAUCCAGCCUGAGAGAGAAGUUUAAAAGAAUUAAUGAAGGAAUCUCACAGCAUGGAAGCUCAGCACUUCUGAAUGAGAUCUACACAGAGCUCUACAUCACAGAGGGGUGGAGUGGAGACGUCAACAAUGAACAUGAGGUGAGACAGAUUGAGACAGCGUCCAGGAGACCAGCAACACAGGAGACACCCAUCAAAUGUAAUGAUCUCUUUAAAGACAAGUCCAUCAGAAGUGUUCUGACUAAAGGAGUUGCUGGAAUUGGAAAAACAGUCUCUGUGCAGAAGUUCAUUCUGGACUGGGCUGAAGGAAAAGCAAAUCAGGACGUCACCUUCAUGCUUCCACUUCCCUUUAGAGAGCUGAAUCUGAUGAAGCAGAGACAUCUCAGUCUGAUGGAUCUUCUUCAUCACUUUUUCCCUGAAAUAAGAAAACUAGAAGUAAUAGACUGUGACUCCUACAAAGUGGUGUUGAUCUUUGAUGGUCUGGAUGAGUGUCGACUUCCUCUAAAUUUCCAGAAGAAUGAGAGACUGUGUGAUGUGACAGAGUCAGCCUCAGUGGAUGGGCUGCUGACGAACCUCAUCAAGGGGAAUCUGCUUCCCUCUGCUCUCCUCUGGAUCACCUCUCGACCAGGAGCAGCCAAUCAGAUCCCUCCUGAGUGUGUAGACCAGGUAACAGAGGUACGAGGGUUCAGUGACCCUCAGAAAGAGGAGUACUUCAGGAAGAGGAUCAGUGAUCAGAGUCUGGCCAAUAAAAUCAUCUCACACAUGAAGUCUUCAAGAAGCCUCUACAUCAUGUGCCACAUCCCAGUCUUCUGCUGGAUCUCAGCCACUGUUCUAGAGAGAAUGUUGGGUGAAGCAGAGAGUGGACAGAUCCCCAAGACUCUGACUCAAAUGUUCACACACUUCCUGAUCUUUCAGAUCAAACACAAGGACCAAAAGUACCAUCAGAAAUGUGACCCUGAUCCUCAGCAGACCAGAGAGAGUAUCCUGGCACUGGGAAAACUGGCUUUCCAACAGCUGGAGAAAGGAAACCUGAUCUUCUAUGAGGAAGACCUGAGAGAGUGUGGCAUUGAUGUGAGAGAAGUGUCAGUGUACUCAGGAGUGUGUACCCAAAUCUUCAGAGAGGAGUUUGGGCUUCACCUGGGGAAGGUGUUCAGCUUUGUACAUCUGAGUGUUCAGGAGUUUCUGGCUGCUUUAUAUGCAUUUUUCUGCUUUAUUUUUAGAAAGACAAAUGUGUUAGUGGAACAAAGCACUGGACUUUUUAAUUUCUUCAGAAAGUCAGACAUGUCUGAUCUCCUCAGGACUGCAGUGGACAAGGCCUUACAGAGUGAGAACGGACACCUGGACCUGUUCCUCCGCUUCCUUCUGGGUCUCUCACUGGAGUCCAAUCAGACUCUCUUACGAGGUUUAAUGCCCCAGACAGGAAGCAGCUCUCACAUCAAACAGGAAACAGUCGAGUACAUCAAGGAGAAGAUCAGGGAGAAUCCAUCUCCAGAGAAAUCCAUCAAUCUGUUCCACUGUCUGAAUGAACUGAAUGAUCAUUCUCUAGUGCAGGAAGUACAGACUUACCUGAACAGAGGAGGUUACAGUCGUCUCAGGGGAACCAGACUCUCUCCUGCUCAGUGGUCAGCUCUGGUGUUUGUGUUACUGAACUCAGAUCAGGAGCUGGAUGAGUUUGAUUUGAGGGAAUAUGACCGAUCAGAGGAAUGUCUUCUGAAGCUGCUGCCAGUGGUCAAAGCCUCCAGAAGAGCUGAGCUGCGUGAGUGUAAACUGACAGAGGAAAGCUGUAGAGUUCUGUCCUCAGUUCUCAGAUCAAACUCCUCCAGACUGAGAGAACUGAACCUGAGUCACAAUAACCUGCAGGAUUCAGGAGUGAAGCUGCUCUCUGCUGGACUGGAGAAUCCACACUGUACACUGGAGACACUGAGUCUGUGUUGGUGUAAACUGACAGAGGAAAGCUGUAGAGUUCUGUCCUCAGUUCUCAGAUCAAACUCCUCCAGACUGAGAGAACUGAACCUGAGUGACAAUAACCUGCAGGAUUCAGGAGUGAAGCUGCUCUCUGCUGGACUGGAGAAUCCACACUGUACACUGGAGAUACUGAGGCUGCGUGAGUGUAAACUGACAGAGGAAAGCUGUAGAGUUCUGUCCUCAGUUCUCAGAUCAAACUCCUCCAGACUGAGAGAACUGAACCUGAGUGACAAUAACCUGCAGGAUUCAGGAGUGAAGCUGCUCUCUGCUGGACUGGAGAAUCCACACUGUACACUGGAGAUACUGAGGCUGUGUGUGUGUGAUCUGACAGAGGAAAGCUGUAGAGUUCUGUCCUCAGUUCUCAGAUCAAACUCCUCCAGACUGAGAGAACUGAACCUGAGUGUCAAUAACCUGCAGGAUUCAGGAGUGAAGCUGCUCUCUGCUGGACUGGAGAAUCCACACUGUACACUGGAGAUACUGAGGCUGCGUGAGUGUAAACUGACAGAGGAAAGCUGUAGAGUUCUGUCCUCAGUUCUCAGAUCAAACUCCUCCAGACUGAGAGAACUGAACCUGAGUGACAAUAACCUGCAGGAUUCAGGAGUGAAGCUGCUCUCUGCUGGACUGGAGAAUCCACACUGUACACUGGAGAUACUGAGGAUGUAUAACUGCAGUAUUACAGAUGAAGGUUGUGCUGCUCUGGCUUCUGCUCUGAGGUCAAACUCCUCAUCACACCUGAGAGAACUGAAUCUGAACGGUAAUAAUCCAGGAGAAUCAGGAGUGAAGCUGCUCUCUGAUCUACUGAAGGAUCCACACUGUAACCUGGAGACACUACACAUUAACUAUAAUAAACUCACCAGGACUGGCGUAUGACGGGAGUCUCACCUCAAACCUCUUCUCCAGGAUAAAGCAGUUUUGGUGAAGAGUUAGAACCCGUCCCACAUUUCCAGCAGUUUGGGGGCUGAAUCAUUAAACUUAAAGGGGCGGAGCAGAAACAGUCAAGAACAGGGAGAAGGUCGUACACAGGAGAAAUCAACACACGUAACCAAAUAUCUGCUGUACAAAGCAACGGCACCGAUCUGCCCCGGGGAUGGAGACUGACGAGGCUUAAGUACACGUCCGGAAAUGUACAGACAACUCAUCCCAAAGCACGAGGCGGGAGCAGGCGUGUACGAGAUGUGAUCGUCCAAUGGCCAGCAGGAACAUGACGCGUCGCAGUGGACUGGGCUUAAAAGAGGAGGAGACAAGACACCCAUCCCUCCCCCGACAUAGACACACGAAUGGAACAUAGUACAAACAGAAAUACAACUGAGGACGUAACAAUGGCCAAGUAUCAAAUAAAAUGUAAACUUGCAUUGAUGAAGUUAAUGUUGUUAGUAAUUGUUUAUAAAUUACCAUGGUAACACGGAGCUCCAAGGUAUAAAAAUAUGGAGUUUGUCAUCAAUCAAACAGUAACCAGUUUUAAUACCUAAAAAGUUUACGUAGCAAAAUUUAGCAAAGCGCUUUACAGUAAAUUAAAAUGUAAAAUUAAACUAAUGAAAUGUUGUGCAGCACAUGCUUAUGUUAAUGUUUGUUUCAUUAUAUAAUCAUAUAAAUAAAUACUCCCAAAGUCA